ACUACAAUUAAUUUAAAUUUUUUAUUUUUCUUCUCUCAGUACUUAGAUUUAGUUCAAUAAAAGAUUACUCUUUCAUAGUGAAGAAAAUUCAUCAUGGACAUAUGCGAACACUUUGUAAACGAAGAAGGCGUUCUCGAUAGAGAAAAAUUUAUGAUAGAGAAUGAAGAAAAUAAGUCAAAUUCUUCAGUUAUUGAAGUGGAUGAAAGUCAAUCAAUUGACUCUUUCACCAAAGAAAUUUCUCGAGUAUUAGAUCCAACAAGCAUUAAAUCUGAAACUAUUCAAUGUGAAUUCACCAAAUGUCACUUGGUUGAUCAUCCUGAAGAAAAAUAUCCCGAUAAACACAUACAGUAUGACCAUAUUGCAAGUCCUGGAGAUGACAAGAAAUGUAAUGUUGAAUUGGGAAAUGUGGACAUUUGUGAACAAUUUAUAGAUGAAGAAGGAGUUCAUGACAGAAAAGAAUAUAUAGUUAAGAAUGAAGAAACUAACCCCAAUUCCCUAGUUAUAGAAAGUGAUACAAAUGAUUCACCUGUCUAUUUCACUGAAGAAACGCCUCAAAUAUUUGAUCUAGAGAUCAAUGAAACUCUUCCUGGGACUAUCAAGAAUCAAAAGUGUCAUAUGUGUGAUUUUGAGACCAAUGCUGAAAAAGAUCUUUCGUUACAUAUCAAAUCUGUUCAUUUGAGUAUUAAGUGUCAUCUAUGUGAGUUUGUUACAAGUAACAAAAGGAACCUUAAAAUGCAUGUUGAGCGUGUUCAUCUGGAAAUCAAGAAACACAAAUGUCACCUUUGUAAAUAUGCUGCAUAUUGGAAAGCAAGCCUUAACCUUCAUGUAAAAUCUGUUCAUUUGGGAAUUAAGGAACACAAGUGUAAUAUUUGUGAUUAUGUUACAUGUAGAAAGGGGGACCUUCGAAGGCAUUUUGACACUGUUCACUUGGAUAUUAAAAAACACAAAUGUCACCUAUGCGAAUAUGCUGCCAAUGAUACAACUAAUAUCCAGCAACAUGUAGAAUCUGUUCAUUUGAAUAUUAAGAAAUACAAGUGUCACUUAUGUGAAUUUUGUGCGAGUGCAAAACGGAAAGUUGAUGAACAUGUAAAAUGUGUUCAUUUAAAUAUCAAGGAAAACAGGUGUCAGUUUUGCAACUAUGUUACAGGUAGAAAAUGCGAUCUCCGAAAGCAUGUUAUCACUGUUCAUUCGGAUAUUAAGAAACACAAAUGUCACUUAUGUGAUUAUGAAGCAACCCUUAAAAAUAAUAUCCAGCGACAUGUAAAAUCUGUUCAUUUAAAAAUUAAGAAAUACGGGUGUCACUUAUGUGAAUAUGCGGUGAGUGACAAAAGAUGCCUUAAAGUGCACAUAAACUCUGUUCAUUUAAAAAUAAAGGAACACAGGUGCCACCUUUGUGAAUAUGCUACGAAUUUGAAAGCAUCCCUCGACGUUCACAUAAAAUCUGUUCAUUUAAAAAUUAAGGAGCACAAGUGUAACUUAUGUGAAUAUGCUGCGAGUGCAAAGCGAGCACUUGAUGAACACAUGAAAUCUGCUCAUUUGAAAAUUAAGGAACACAAGUGUCAUCUAUGCGAUUAUGCUGCAAUUAGAAAAAUUCAACUUAGAAAUCAUAUUGACUCUAUACAUUUGAACAUCGAGAAACACAAAUGUCACUCAUGUGAAUAUUCUACAAGCUUAAAAGCUAAUCUUGAGAUGCAUGUAAAAUCCGUUCAUUUGAAAACUGGUAACACAAGUGGGACCAUGUUAUAAGAAUAAACGUUUACCUAAAAAUUCAUGGAAAAUCUGUUCAUUCAAAUAGCAAGUAAUAAUUGUAAGUUAUGUAACUAUAAUGUAAAUAUAUCAGGUUAUUUUUUAA